ACCCGCUCUGCUUGACCCCGCCCCUUUUCUCCCGGCAGCUGCGCAGGGCGUUCUUCCGAAAAUGAUGGCUACAAGAGGCACGCUUUCUCUGUGACCCUGUCAUGGCUUGUUCCAGCACAAGCGAAUCCCCGUUUUUGGCAGACAGGCAUGCUCGUCUCAUACUGGCCCAGAUCAACAAAAUGAGAUGCGGACACCACUUUUGUGAUGUGCAACUCCAGGUUGGUGAAGAAGUAUUCAAGGUCCACCGGCUUGUCUUGGCUGCAAGUAGCCCUUACUUUGCAGCUCUGUUUGCUGGAGGGAUGAGAGAGGCUUCAAAGGAUACUGUGCAGAUCAUGGGCGUGGAUGCUGGCAUAUUUCAGAUCCUCCUAGACUUUAUUUACACAGGCAUAGUCAGCAUUGGUGAAAAUAAUGUCCAGGAGUUGAUAGUGGCAGCAGACAUGUUCCAACUCAAUGAAGUUGUGGAUCUUUGCUGUGAAUUUCUGAAAGGACAGAUUGAUCCAGUGAACUGCAUUGGACUCUUCCAGUUCUCUGAGCAAAUUGCCUGCCACGAUCUCCUAGAAUUUACAGAGAAUUACAUCCAUGCCCACUUCCUGGAUAUCCAGAAUGGGGAGGAAUUCCUGGCCCUGACAAAAGACCAGCUUAUUAAGAUCUUGCGAAGUGAGGAGCUGAGUAUAGAAGAUGAAUACCAAGUUUUCAUAUCUGCAAUGCAGUGGAUUCUGAAGGAUCUAGGGAAAAGAAAGAAAUAUGUCGUGGAAGUACUGGAUACGGUUAGAUUUCCAUUGCUACCCCCACAAAGACUGUUGAAAUACAUAGAAGGAGUUCCCGAUUUCAGUCUUCGUGUGGCUCUCCAAACUCUCUUAAAAGAAUACUGUGAAGUGUGUAAGUCUCCCAAAGAGAGCAAGAUUAGCAGUUUCUUGCAGACACCCAAGGCUCGUCCACGAAGAAAAGCCAGGAAGUACCUUUAUGCUGUAGGUGGAUACACCCGCUUACAGGGGGGUCGCUGGAGUGACAGCAGAGCUCUCAGCUGUGUGGAACGUUUUGAUACUUUCAGUCAGUACUGGACUACUGUGUCUUCUUUGCACCAAGCUCGCAGUGGACUGGGAAUUGCAGUGUUGGGAGGAAUGGUUUAUGCCAUUGGAGGUGAAAAGGACUCCAUGAUAUUUGACUGCACUGAACGCUAUGAUCCUAUUACAAAGCAGUGGGCUGCUGUAGCUUCCAUGAACCAUCCUCGCUGUGGUCUAGGAGUAUGCACCUGUUACGGGACCAUCUAUGCUUUUGGAGGUUGGGUUGGAGCAGAGAUUGGCACCUCAGUUGAACGCUUUGAUCCUGAAGAAAAUAGCUGGGAAGUUGUGGGCAGUAUGGCUGUGCCACGAUACAAUUUUGGGUGCUGUGAAAUACAAGGUUUGAUUUAUGUUGUUGGAGGUAUUAGCAAUGAAGGAAUAGAACUGUGUUCUGUGGAAGCCUAUGACCCAAUAUCUAAGCGCUGGUCUGCACUCCCUGGAAUGAGUACUAGGAGAGCCUAUCUGGGUGUGGCUCCUCUGAAUGACUGUAUCUAUGCCGUCGGAGGAUGUAAUGAGGCUCAAGAUGCCCUUCCAACUGUUGAAAAAUACUCUUUUGAAGAGGAGAAAUGGGUGGAAGUUGCUUCAAUGAAAGCCCCAAGAGCCGGAGCUUGUGUUGUGGCUGUCAACGGUCUCCUUUAUGCCAUAGGAGGAAGGACUGCUAGCUAUGAUUCAGCUGCCCCAGUAACUUCAGACUCUGUGGAGGUUUAUAACCCACAUACGGACGCUUGGACUGAAAUUGCUAACAUGAUCACCAGCCGGUGUGAAGGAGGUGUGGCAGUGCUUUGAGGGAAUACAGUAUUUUUUUAGAAAACAAAGAGCAUUUGAGUGUGAAUGUCUGCGUGCCAGAGAUAUGAAGAUUCAGCUUCCUAAAUGUGUCUGCAGUUCGUGGGCAUCUAGAUUUCCAGAACAAGAACCAAUGUCUUUUGCAGUUACUAUUACUGGUUUAAUUAAAAUCUUUUUUCUUUUCUGUGGACCAUACAAGAGUGCAUAUGGAACUUGAUAGCAAUUCUUCAUAGACGUGAAGUCUUUGUUGUCCUGGAAGUCUUUUGUAAUUUCUAGGACAUAAGCAGAAUUACACAGGUUUCUUUCAAGUAAAAUAUAUUUAGAGAUAACCUGGCCACAUCAAUUCUUGUCAUGAAAAUCCAUUAACUGUUUUAGAUCUGGCUUCUACUUUCUGUUGCAUAAAUUAUUUUGCUUGGAGAAAAACAACAAAGUGAUGAUGGAGUUAUUCCUUUAGAAAUAUGUUCAAGAAUUAUGUUUUAGUUGCUGAAUGCCUUAGAUAAAAAAGGGAGGCAGGUUUCUUUUUAAAAAAAUGGAAGCUUUCUUUCUACUGGAAUGCAAUAUGAGAUUUGUAGUUUACAUCUUACACCUUUUCUUCCAUCCUCAAGGUCCAUCACAAUUCUUAAUAGUGGCUUUACUGUUGAAAUACAUGUGGAUAAUAAGAA